GUUCGGCUCGGUGCGGACAGCUAUGGGACUGUGCGGUGCGGUGCUGGGUUUUAACCUGUCGGCGCUGGAGGACAUGGAGCAGAGCUUCAACGAGCGGGAGGCGAUCGAGUGGAUCCGGGAGAACUGGUAUAAGACCUUCCUUUUUUCUGUAGCUUAUGUGAUUCUGAUCUUUGGACUCCAGUAUUUAAUGAAGGAGAGGAGAGGCUACAAUCUGCGCAUGCCGCUGGCCCUCUGGUCCCUGGGGCUGGCCUUGUUCAGUGCCGUUGGGGCCCAUCGCACCUGGAAACACAUGGUCUUCGUGCUGACUACUGUGGGAUUUAAACAGUCAGUGUGCAAUCAACUCUUUUAUGUCGACCCCAUCUGCAAGCUUUGGGUCUAUUUAUUUGUACUGAGCAAAGUCCUGGAACUGGGUGACACCGUGUUCAUUGCUCUCCGGAAACAGAAGCUCAUAUUCCUCCACUGGUACCACCACAUUCUCACGCUCAUCUAUUCCUGGUACUGCUACAAGGAGAUGUUGUCAGGUGGCGGCUGGUUCAUCACCCUAAACCUCACUGUCCAUACAGUCAUGUACUCCUACUACACCGUGCGAGCAGUGGGCUUUCGGUUACCCCGCUGGAUUGCCAUGGCAAUCACCUUUUCACAGAUUCUGCAGAUGGCCAUAGGUAUAAUAUUGUGCAUCUUCCUCAUCUUCUGGAAGGAGGAUGAGGUCUGCCUUUGCACUUGGCCUGCCAUUUCCUUUUCAUUACUAAUGUACCUCAGUUAUUUGGUGCUCUUCUGUAACUUCUUCUCCAAGACUUACCUGACGAGCACUCAGAAACUGAAGGGAGAAUAAAACUGAGGAGGGAGGAGGAGGCUGGGAGGCAGGUGAGGGAAAGGGGAACUUUUCAUUUCUGAGUGAAGCUCAGGCAUCCAAUGGGAUGGGGGGUGAUGAAGGUCCCUGUGGAUGAAAGCCUUCAGGUUAACUCGUGCAUUGGCCUUUGGUAUGUCUCCCUCCCAAUGGGGACUCCCCAGAGUGAGGCAUGGGUUGCCAUGUGCAAUGCAAGGAGGAGGGGGGCAGUCAGAGCUGGAGACUCCUUUGGUCCAGCUCCUGGCCCAUAUGAUGCUGCCUAGUUUUGGGCUCACUCUGUCGAAGUAGAGAGGGAAGGAACCAUGCUGUAGCUCAUCUGCUGUCCUUCUCGCUUCUGCUGGCAAUGAAGACCCCUCUCUGCUAAUACAAGGAAAGCAAUGAGUGGCUGCAAGUCUUCUCUCCAAAACUGUUUGCAGAGCACAGAACGUACAGCUGAGAAGCAACACAGACCUCUGAGCUGAGCCUGG